CAUGGCCGCGGUGGUCCGCACUGUGGCAGAAGUCGAUCUAAGCAGUUUAUUUUCGAUUGAGAAUACAGCUAGAAGAAUAAUACAGUUGGGAUCGCCUCGACGAGCGUCGGCGGUUUAUUAGUUCGGAAAAUAAUGGGGAGAGAUGGGGAGGCGACCGAGCGAAGACGGGAUUAGCGAUCGGGUAGAAUUACUCCCGCAGGAAGUGCGAGUCGAAGCUGCUUCUGGUUCCGCGAUGAUGGAGUCGCGGUCGCGAGCGACUCGACUCCGCGGCAUCGUCGGCAUCUGUCUUCUGCUCGCUCUAGCUGGUAUCGUUUACCUCGGUUACUUCUGCCCCGAUCAUGUGUGUGCGCUUACGAAUCGCGAUCUCAAGGAGUCAGCGAGGGUCGCUGAGGGACUUUCGCUCGGGACCUUCCCUUCGUCGAAUGGAAUCGGGAUCCUGGGACCACCGCGCUCUGGCUUCCGCCUCCAGAGUAUAGCAGGCAGCCUCGGAUACGACGGCCUCUUCGCCAACGACUCUUCACAAUUUGACAUCAACGCGCACGAUGUUAUGAUCUUUCUUCACAUUCAAAAGACUGGCGGGACAUUGUUUGGCAAGCAUCUGGUUCGAGACUUGGAUUUGCAGCGUCCCUGUUCAUGCCAGAGGCGUCGAAAGCGUUGCUUUUGCUUCCGUCCAAACCGAAACGAGAAUUGGCUCUUUUCGAGAUACUCGACAGGAUGGAAGUGCGGAUUGCACGCAGAUUGGACUGAGUUAACUGGGUGUGUGGAUGGGGAAUUAAAUAAAAUCGAGGGAAACGUGAAGAGACGAUAUUUCUACGUGACAAUCAUCAGAGAUCCUAUUGCUAGGUAUCUUUCUGAAUUCAGACACGUUCAGAGAGGCGCCACGUGGAGAGGAGCACGUCAUUGGUGUGCAGGAACGCAAACUAAUAUUCCUCAAUGUUAUCCUGGUCCGAAUUGGGAAGGGGUUUCUUUGGAACAGUUCAUGGCCUGUCCGAACAAUUUGGCGAGUAAUAGGCAGACGAGAAUGUUGGCUGAUCUUUCUCUAAUCGGUUGUUACAACUCUUCACUGAGUAGUGCUGAAAGGGAUCGAAUUAUGUUAGCAAGUGCGAAACAUAACUUACAGUUUAUGCCAUUCUUCAUGCUCACCGAAUAUCAAAAGGUUGGUCAAUACUCCUUUGAAGAGACGUUCGGAAUGCGUUUCGCGGUGGCAUUUGAGCAACACAAUGCGACCUUGAGCGCUGCAACGUUAGCGUCAUUAACCUCCGAACAACUGGAGUCAGUUCGUCGUCUAAACAAACUCGACCUCGAAUUAUACGAAUUUGCGAAAAACGUUGCUUUCCAGCGUUUUCGUCGUUUGAGAGAUCGCGACCCCCAUUUCGUCCAGCGCUUUCAGCAUUUGGGCGAAUUACCCUCGAGACAAAGUGUCACCGAGUUUAACUGGGACUCGGUCAUCGAAGACACCACGGACAAUGACUGAAUUAACCAAGCGUGAUUCAAAUUAGUGAAUUAGACUUAGAAAAUGUCCUCUCUGAUAAACUCCUGAAAGUUUCAUGCAAACCCUGCCGCAAAAUUCUCACAACACCGACAAUAGUUUCUUUCAGGAGAAAAUUUUCCCAUCAAUGGAAAACUUACUCCCGUUCAAACAGGAACCAAAGAGUCUCUCGAACAAGGAAGAGAUUAAGAAAAAACACGUGACUAGUAUAAGCUGUUUAGACGUAAGUGUUCUUUUUUUUUAUAUUGCUUUCGACGCGUUAACGAUUUAUAUUAGAGUGUUCUUUCGUAUACGACAUCCUUGUUUCGCUAGUGAUAAUUCUAGAACUGAAAUUAUAUUUAGAUUUUUAAGGAGAACGCGUAACUUAUCGACAGUCGAUAUAUUACCGACUAUCGGCAUCUUACCGACCAUUUGUCAUUUAAUGACAAUUCCCUUCUUUUUUUUUUGAACCGAUUUUUCUAUGUUUUCGCAGAUCUUUUUUUUAUUUUACGUGCCUUUAUUUCGGAAAGUAGUUUCCUCAUCAUCAAAGAUAGUGGUAUCCGAAGAUCUCAAAUAUGGGGCUGCUCGAUACAUAAUUUUCUCCGAUUUUGUUGUUUCGUGUUAAUAUGUUUUUAAUAUUCGACCUUUUUGGUAUCGCGCAAGCUCCGUUCACUGAAUGCGGUGCAUUAUUUACAUUGUCUGUACAUAGUUUCGAGAGUAUAUGCAUAAAUGUAAGAAAUAUAUAUAUAUUAUAUACAUAUAGUAGAGAACGAAUUUAGGCAAGAAAAAUAAUCGUGCGAGUCUUAAUAACGAAAAAAGGGCUAAUUCGUGUUCAAAAUGAAAAAUAAAAUUACCGUGUGCAGGUAAAAUCACAUUCGGUAGGUUACCGAUAGUAAGUUACCUGUAGCCGGUAAAGUAGCUUUUCAUAUACGAGUUUAGAAGAUAAAAUAUUUUCAAGUAAUAAAAAGCUCGCACGUGAUUUUAACGCUCCUUCGACUAAAAUUAGCUUUUACGCAAAGAUGAAAGUGAAAGUUGUUGUAAUGUUAAGUUAAUAGGUGUUAAGGAAGUGCAAUAAGUAGCGAUGGGUUACCAUAGAUGUUAGAUUGUCACAUCGAGUCAUGAUGCAUAAUACUUUGCAUAGAGUGCCUUGAAAAUUGUCGGGCGAUUCACGAAAAACUGCCUUUCAAACUUUAUUUUUAUUCUAGAAACUCUUGUGUUCAAAAUUUCCUUUUGUGAUUCAAAUGGCUUAUGAAAAAAUGUGUUCAAUUUUGUACGAUUUUGCAUGUGGUAUUUAUUUAUUUAUUUAUUUAUUUAGGCACAAUAAAUAAUAUGAAAAAUUUAGUAUGAAAGAAAACUGUUGUUUCGGCGGGUCACGCAAUUUUCAGACACUCUGUUCCGAUUGUAAACCCCUGCAGAAUUUUCUAUACAUGAGUGCUUGGUGGUUUACGUUUAGACUGUAAAUAAGCAACAAUCACGAACAAACUUGUUUUUCGUCGAGGAACGAGAUAAUAUUUACAGAUAUAAGGACCAAAGAUAACAAUAAUAUACGUUUUGCAGCACAAACUGACAUAAUAAGCCAGAUUUUCCUCUAUUUUUUAUUUAAGCUAUGAAAAGGUCUGUCAAUAUGUUGAACAAAGUUCGCACAAAGUAAGUUUAUGAGUCAAUAAAUUCAACAGCCUCACAGAGUGAAUGACUAUAUUUAGUUUACCAGUGGUUGAUAACUCACAAUGUUUAAUAAGGAAAAAUUUGUAGUUGGUGCGUUACCAGCAGAAUUUAAGAAUUGGAUUCGUUAAGUUAUUGACUGCCGGUAAAACCUCUCGAUAGUUGCACAGCCAUAAACGAAAGCUGAACUUGAUUUACUUUCGUAAACAAGAGUGAGAAAAAAAUACAUAUAAAUGUACGCUUUAAGUCAACGAAAAACCCAUGACGGUAGCCUAAUAAAGUAAAUUGUACGGUCUAAUGCCUUUAUCGUUUAAGCCACUGUAAAUAUCAUACCAAUUGCCAAUUAAGCAUUCAUGAAUUAUCAUUUAAUAUAUAACUUGUAUAUUAAUUAUAUGUGUAUACACAUGAGACGAUGAAUGAAUCGCAAACUCGAAAACACAAAUAUUGUUAUUUGUCGUAACCUGUAAGGCAGCUUAGUGAUGACAAAACGAGGGCUGUUCGUUUCUGUAGAUCUUUUAAUAAAUCCUGAGAAUUCUCAAA